AUGUCUCGAGCUCAGCACUUAAUAAAGCGCUUAACCACUGCACCAUUAAAAUUAGGGAGGUGGAACAUAAGCGUUGCGUCGCGUCGCCUCAGUGCGCUGCGUGCUUUCCUUCCGCCCAGCAGCAGUGAUAUCCCGCUUUGGGAUAUGCCUCUGCUGACAAGACCAGUCAAGGCCAGGCUCAUGGUUGAGAUGCAUGGUGCUGCUUAUUCAGCAUCCUUGAGUUUGGUGAAGAAAUUAGCGAGCAUCACUAAACUCAAGCAUCAUGCAUCUGCGCAUUUUUUUUUAAAAUGGAAAGCGCAGUAUUCCACUGUACAUGAAUGGGCGGCUUCUGGUGAUAUUAAGCAAAAUGUUUAUUUUUAUUAA